CUCAUUCUGCGCGCAGGCGCAAACUAUUUAUUUCAAAUAGCAAGACAGACAAGAUGGCGGCAGCGAUGGAUGUUGACACACCAAGCGGUACAAACAGCGGAGCCAGCAAGAAGCGUUUUGAAGUGAAGAAGUGGAAUGCUGUCGCUCUGUGGGCCUGGGACAUUGUUGUAGACAACUGUGCCAUUUGCAGGAAUCACAUCAUGGAUCUCUGUAUCGAGUGCCAGGCCAACCAAGCCUCAGCCACAUCUGAGGAGUGCACAGUGGCGUGGGGGGUAUGCAACCAUGCUUUCCACUUUCACUGCAUCUCCCGCUGGCUAAAGACCAGGCAGGUGUGUCCUCUAGACAACAGGGAAUGGGAGUUCCAGAAGUAUGGACAUUAAUGAUGGAAGAUGGGACCGCUGCUUGUAUAACUGCAAAUGUAAAGUCAUCAUCAGUUCCCAGCAACGUGCACACACACACCAAAACAAUGGCAUUGUGUGGACAACCGUGGUCAUUCUGCGGACAUUUUUACUCCCCAUUCCUGCAUUCUUUAGUCUUAUUGUUUUCCGAACAGUGUUCAUUGUGAAAUUGCAUAGGAAAACAUGAAACCUUUUUAAGUUACAUUUUCCA